CAUCAAAAUCUCUUUUAAAAUUCCCCACUUAUCCCAAAUUCUCCUUUUCAUCAAAUUGAUGAAUAAAAUCAUUUCCAAUGCUUCAUUUUUUAAAAUUUUUGUCAAAUUCAAAUUUUAUGAACGAUUUGAUGAGUUUUUAAUUUGAUACGGAGAAUGACUCUCUUUGAUUCGAUGAAUAUUUGAUAAAAGGAUUAAGAUGAUUUUUGAGCACUUUUUCAUCAAAUUAAAUUUGACAAAAGAAAAUGUGAAACGAUUGGAGAUGCUCUAGAGAUGAUUUUUUAGCACUUUUAUAUUUGAUGAAAGAAAAAUUACACAAUUAUCAAGAGAAGCAAAUUAGCUCUCUCAGUUCUUUCUCUCGGUCCCUUUGUUUUUCCUCUCAUUUUGGUUUCUCUCUCCUUGCUCAAGUUGAUCUUGUCAUUUUUUCUUUCUAUACACACCAAAAUAUUUUGCACCCAACAAUUGGCGUUGUGAAUGUAAUUUAGCUGUUAAAAAAUGAAAGAUCUAUGUGGAUAAUCCCAAUUCAUGAGAGCCAUUCAAUUAAUCCAUAGAAGAUGUGCCACGAAACAACACUUAUUUGUGUUUGGCUCUUUUGUUCUUGUUCUUGGCUUCUUGAUGAGCCAAAGAUAGGUGUGUGAUGGAUCCAAUUCCAACAUUGUUGAGGAUACUAUGGGACAUGUGGGAUGUUCGAGUGCUAGUUCUCCUCAGUCUUGCUUUUCAAAUCAUUCUUUUCGUCUUUAGCAACCGCAGGAAGUACAUGUCGUCACUGUGGAUCAAUGUUGUUGUUUGGCUGGCCUACUUACUUGCUGAUUGGGUAGCAAUUGUUGCCCUUAGCAAGCUAUCUGAUGCCCUAGGUGAUAACAGUAACAAUGUAUUUCCAGCAAUAUGGGCACCUCUGCUUUUGCUACAUCUUGGUGGCCCAAAUACCAUAACAGCUUAUUCUUUAGAAGAUAAUCAGUUGUGGUUGAGGCACUUGAUGGUACUGGGUGUUCAAGCUACUGUGGCAAUUUAUGUCAUUCUUAUGUCUUGGAGAAAAUAUUUUUGGUUUUCAUAUUUGUCACUCCCAGCGUUCGUGGCUGGAAUUAUUUCUUAUGUGGAGAGAGUGUGGUGGGUUCUCAAGUUAGCGAGUAAUGACAACUUGGGAGACAUUGUACCAUUUAAAAGGCAAGCCGACAUAAGUCUUGAUGGUCAGGAACACAAGUAUGUAAGAACUCUAGUCAUGGCGCAGAAGUUGGUCAAACAAUUUAAGCGUUAUAUAGAGAACUAUGACAUUGGUAGAUUUGUUUUUAAAUUUCCUUCUAAUCAGCUGUCAACGAAGGUGCAAUGGAGGGAAAAAUUCACGAGUGAUGAUACAUAUUUUUGGGAUGCAUUGGAGGUUGAAAUGGGACUUAUGUAUGAUUUAUUCUAUACAAAAGCAUCCAUAAUGUAUACCAAUCGAGGGUGUGUUAUACGCUUCCUCAGCUUUGUUUGUAUUAUGUCUGUGUUGGUAGGAUCGUUUUGGGCUAUAUGUAGGAAAGAGAACUGGCAUCGUGAGCACUACAACUACUCCACGAUUGACGUCACCAUCACAGGAGUGUUGCUAUUUGGAGCUCUAGCAUUGGAGAUUUAUGCAAUCAUUGUAAUUUUAGCCUCUGAUUGGACAAUGCUUUGGCUAAUUGAGCACGAGAAAGGAGAAUGGGUGAUCCAAUUAAGACGAAAAUUCCCCUGGCUUUACAAACAAAAGAAAUGGUCUAAGAAGGUAGGGCAAUUUGACCUAUUGGCUUUUUGCUUUAAACAAAAUAAGCCUGCUAUGUUGUCUGGUAGACUUAAAGAAAAAUUCGAUAGGUACAUGCAUAAGACUCAUGUGGUUGUACCUCCUAAUCUAUAUGACACGAUUUUAAACUAUGCUUAUUAUUGGAGUAGGCCAAGUGUAAUGAAACUAGAUGAGGUUGCUCAAGCUACCUUAAUAUCCACCAUGAAGGUCUUAGAUCCUCAUCUUCCAGCUUUUUACGAGGUAAUCGUGAUUGUUCACUUGGCAACAGAAAUUUGCUACCAUUUGGAAUUGAAUAUUACCAACCAACGAGGUGCUAACUCCUCUAGACAUGAAAAACAAAUUAUGGAAACUUGCAGGACUUUGUCCCAUUACAUGAUGUAUCUACUCCUCAUGUGUCCUUGGGCAUUGCCCAUCAAUCUUUCGUACACCGAGUUAGGAAACUUGAUCCAUGAUCUCAAAAUGUUCAUUAAGGAUAAGGAGGAUGUAAACAGAGCUUGUGAAUUGUUGAAAGAUUAUCCCAUAACAUUACAUGACCCCUACGAUCUACGCCGGAUACUACUUGUUGUACAAAAAUUUGUGAGAAACUUCUUGGGAUGGGAAAGGCUGAGAUCGUUGUGGUUGGGCAUGCUGGGGUUUGCAGCAAUUAAAGGGGACAAAAAUUAUCAUCUUCAACAACUUAGACAAGGAGGCGAGUUUCUCACUUUGUUAUGGUUCUUUAUACCCCAAUCUAAUAUAUUGGAUAGGAUUGAUGCUGCAAAAGUGGGCAGACAAAUUAAUAAUCAGGUGACUCAGCUUACUACAAGUAAUAUAGAUAAUUAUGUAGCAUAGAAAUUAUCCGUAUAGAUGGUUAUGUAAGCAUUACAUAAAUUAUCUUUUUAAUUUUGGUUCAAUCGUUACAAGUCCAUUAAUGUAUGAUUACUUGCACCGAUCAAGGGUGUCAAUUCCGCUCUUUCAGAUGAUCGGUAUUUAACUGAUCUUUCGUAUUUUCUCAAUUUCCUUUUAUUUUCAUUCUAGUUUUAAUUUUUUUCUUCCAUAGUUUAAUCAUGUGAAACAAACGUACGUACGGUACUUUACAUUAAUGUUAUUCAUCUUGAAUUAUUAGGCCAACCAUUAUCUUGAAAUCUAAGUUCUCUACUAGUUCAACACUGUUUCAAGGAUGGAAUUUGUCAUCUGGAAAAUAAAAUGGUCUAUUCCAGCAACAUUAAGGGGACUAUAUUUAUGGUAUGUUUCUGCGCAUAUUUUGGGGAUUGCUAUGGUAUGGUUAUUUCAGUUCCUCUAACAAAAAUAAGGCCUUGACACUCCUCACGUCUCUAAGAGUGAGUGAAUGAGUGAAUGAGUGAGAGCGAGAGUGAGUCUGUGAGAGUGAGUGAGAGAGAAUGUGACUACCUGUGGCUAGAACAUGGGUAUUAUUGGUAGUUUAAAAAGGUUAGAUAGGAUGGAACCUUUCAAUUUGUAUAUAUCGUGCAUACAUGUUAUGUAAUUUUUUGGUGUUAUGAACAUUUGUUACUUUAGUUACAAAUAUUUUUAUUGUGGCUUUGUUAUUAGAUUUUGUGGAAUUUUUGUUAGGACUUUUUUUCCAGUAUCUCUAAGAGUGAGUGAGAGUGAGAGUGAGAGUGAGUCUGUGAGAGUGAGUGAGAG